AUGGGUUCUUUCGGAGGUGAUAGUCUCACACAGAACCUCAACACUAACUUCCAGGAAGGUGAUAUGGUCUGGGUGGGCGCUGCUUCAGCGCUUGUCUGGAUCAUGAUUCCUGGCAUUGGCUUUUUCUAUGCUGGUUUGUCGCGUAAGAAGCAUGCAAUUUCGCUCAUUUUCUCGUCCCUGGCUGUCUGUGGUGUUGGUUUCUUUCAAUGGUUCUUCUGGGGCUAUUCCUUGGUCUUCAGUCAUGAGGCUGGCCGCUUUUUGGGUAAACUCGAUAAUUUUUCUAUGAUGAAGGUACUGGCUGCUCCGAGUUCGGCCGCUCCUGCUGUUCCUGACGUUCUGUUUAUGCUAUUCCAAGGCAUGUUUGCCUGUACCACUGCCGCGCUCGUGGUCGGUGGUGCACAUGAACGAGCUCGCCUGGGCCCAAUGAUGGUUUUCAUUUUUAUUUGGAUGACUAUCGUAUAUUGUCCUAUUGCCGAGUGGACUUGGAACCCCGAAGGCUGGCUCGCCUGGUUAGGUGCUCUUGACUUUGCCGGUGGUGGCCCUGUCCAUAUGUCUUCAGGUGCUGGCGCCUUGGCAUAUGCCCUUGUUUGCGGUAAACGCAAGGACCCGGCUGCUAAAAUUAUUCCCGUGUACAAGCCCGGUAGUGUGCUGUUGUGUGUACUUGGUACUUGCUUCCUUUGGUUUGGCUGGUUCGGUUUCAACGGUGGCUCUACUGGUAACGCGUCUAUCCGCUCUUGGUAUGCCUUUUCUAACACCAACAUUGCUGCUUCUGUUGGUGCCAUGACCUGGUUGUUUGUUGAUUACAUCCGCAAGCGCAAGUGGUCCACCAUCGCUCUCUGCUCUGGUGCGGUUGCCGGCUUGGUCGGUAUCACUCCUUGCGCCGGUAUGGUUCCUCUAUACUGUGCUGUCGCCGUAGGCGCUAUCACUGCCGUUGCUUGUAACUUUGCUAUUGGCUUAAAGUUCCUGCUUCGUAUCGAUGAUGGCCUUGAUGUCUUUGCCCUUCACGGCGUUGGUGGUGCUACGGGGUCUAUUUGCACUGCGUUGUUCACCGCCGACUACAUCACUCAUCUGGAUGGUUCCACCAUCGCCCAGGGUUGGAUGAACCAUCACUAUGUUCAGCUUGCGUACCAACUGGCUGCAAUUGGCGCCACUAUUGGCUGGUCAUUCGUCGUUACUUUCUUGAUCCUCCUGAUCAUGAAGUACACCCCCUACAUGAGCCUGCGUACAACCCACGAAGAGGAGAUGAUGGGUGACCAAGCUCAGCUUGCUGAAUACGAGAUGUUUGCCGAGGAGGAUCUUCUCCAAGCUAUUGGUACUUACAACGGCGAGGAUCCUUAUCCUGAUGCCUAUGUUCACCAAAAGAAAGAAGCAGAGGAGGAGGACAGCACAAGGAUGGAAAACGACAUGCACGGCAUGCAAGAAACACCGUCGCCGGUUUAA